GGAUAACAUUAGUACCCAAUCUUCUUUGUCUCUUCCUCAAACAACCUAAAAAAAACCAAGAUCAAAGUAUCAUCGCGAAACAAGGCUAAUAAUGAGGAAAAGCUCUCGACUACUCGCAAAAAAUACUAAGGAUGCAGACCCAAAGCCUGUAAAGGGUGCGAAAAGAUCAAGAGAAACCGCAAGCAGUGUCUCUGAGGUCGAUGGGACGACGGCAUUCACAACAACAAAACGUGUACGAAAACGUCAAAAAACUGAACCGAAAUCACCGGCAAAGACAUCAAAACCAAGCAUCAAGGAUAGAGAACACGUAUUAAAGGUGAAAGAUGAAAGCACUGAAAAGCUAGAGGCAGUAAAGAAAGAAGCAAGUUAUACUAAAUCACCAUCGAAAUCCACCAAGGAGAUCAAUAAAAACAAAAUGGCGUCAAGCUCUAGUAAAGGGUUCAAAUUCAUAGGCGCCCACGUGUCUAUUGCUGGAGGCUUGUACAAAGCUGUACACAACGCCGUGCAGAUCGGGGCUAAGGCUUUUGCGAUGUUCCUAAGAUCACAGCGACAGUGGAAUAGCAAGCCAUUAGACGACAAAACAGCAGAGUUAUUUAUAGAAGCGUGUAAAUCCGAGGGCUUUGCACCUAGUACUAUCCUGCCUCAUGGGAUAUAUCUCAUGAAUUUGGGUUCCCCGGAUGACGAAACUCUUACAAAGAGCCGUGCUGUGUUAGUAGAGGAGUUACAGAGAUGCGAAAAGCUUGACCUAACCUUGUAUAACUUCCAUCCAGGGUCUACCUGUGGUAAAAUAACCGUGCAGGAUUGCAUUGAGAGGAUUGGGGAGAGUAUCAACAAGGCGCAUGCGCAGACUAAAAAGGUUGUGACAGUCAUUGAGAAUAUGAGCUGCCAAGGUCACACGAUCGGAGGGAAAUUUGAAGAGCUAAGCGACAUCAUAGACCUGGUCCAAGACAAGUCAAGGGUUGGUGUCUGUAUAGACACAUGCCACGCCUUUGCCGCUGGUCACGAUAUUUCCACUGAUAAAGGCUAUGAAGAGGUCAUGGACAACUUUGAUAAAAUUGUUGGCCUGAAGUACCUCAAAGCAAUCCACCUUAAUGACUCCAAGGGUAAACUAGGCUGUCAUCUUGAUCGGCAUGAAAACAUUGGACAAGGUUCUUUGGGAAAGGCAACAUUCCAUAGGAUAAUGGUAGACCCAAGACUUAAUGGGAUCCCUAUGAUUCUGGAAACUCCUUGUGAAGCUGAUGAUACAUACAUGAGAGAGAUCAAAAUGCUUUACUCGAUGACAGAGUGAUUAUUAUUAUUAUUAUUAUUAAACUGGUUUACAAGUAAACUUUGUUGGUUGGGUUGAUGCCGAUGGUACUAACAAAAGAGAGAUCAAAAUACUUAACCCGAUGACAGAUGUCAUUAUUAAACUAGUAUACAAGUUUACUUUAUUGGUUGUGUUGCUGCUGCUGAUACAUACAUGAGAAAAAUCAAAAUGUUUAACUCGAUGACAGAUGAUUAUAAAUAAACUGGUUUACAAGUUAAUUUGUUGGAUGUGUUGCUGCUGAUGGUACUAACAAAAGAUA